AUGACAGUUUCUGAUAUUAUAUUCUCCUACGUUUGUCCGAGUUUGGGGUGCAUUUUAUCGGCAGCAAUGUAUUCUGCCGCCGUACCAGAUUUACAGGAGGCUCUAUCAGCAGGAUCACUUGGAUCCUUGAACCCAAUACCUUGGGCAAUCAUGACGGGGAAUACUGUGGGCUGGUGCGCCUACGGCUACUACAACCAUGAUCCAUUCAUGCUCGCAUCCAACUUUCCAGGCUUGGUCUUGUCGGUUUGGUUGAAUAUGGGUGCUGCAAAACUACAGUAUCAAGACCGAAUAAGAUUAAGGAAUGCUUCCCAUGAAGUUUUAGAUAACAACAGCGACAACAACAUUACGGAUGGGAAUGGAGAGGCAGGAGUGGUGGAAUCAUCCGAAAUGCUGGCAAUUCAACGAGACGAUAGUCUUCAAUUUGUGCCUCAAGAGACUCUGUUAUUACGGGUACUUGUCGUUUGGAUUCUUAUUUUGAUUCUUGUGGGUUGGUCCGGACUUUUUCAUACUGUGGAAGGUCAAAUCAAUGCCAUUGGAAUUCUGGUAAACAUCAACCUCAUCUUUUUCUACGGAGCUCCCUUGCAAACGAUACAAACAGUCCUACGAUCCAAGUCCUCGGACAGCAUUCACCGACCCACCAUGAUUAUGAAUUCCACCAAUGCAAUCUUUUGGGUGGCAUAUGGUGUAAAGAGGAAUGAUCCAUACAUCUUUGGGCCCAAUACUAUUGGUUUCUUGCUAGGAUUUGCUCAGAUCAUCUUGUUGUGUUGUUACGACCACAGCAGUCACACCGCUGGGGACCAAGGAGACGGAUUACUACUGGAUGAGGAAAAUGAUCUGGAGGAACCGCUUCUAGCACCCGAGCAACAUGCUUUGGAUGGCAAUGAUCAAACUGGCGAUGAUUGA